CCACCAAUAAAAAACAAAAGAAGAAGAAGGAGUCCAGCUGUGGUCUGUCUGUCUGUCCUGAUCGAUCGGAACCAGGCAUCAUGGCUGAGGAUCUGCGGGCUGAGCUGCAGAGCUUCCUGCAGAACCUGAACAUCCAGAUCAGCUGUGUGGAGCAUCCUCCGGUUUUCACUGUGGAGGAGAUGAUGCCUCACCUGGAGGGCGUGAGUGGCGCCGUCACCAAGAACCUCUUCCUGAAGGACAAGAAGAAGAAAGGCCUGUGGUUGGUGUCUGCUCGCCAUGACCGGCAGGUGAACCUCAACGACCUGGCCAAGAAGCUCGGUGUCGGCAGCGGCAACCUGCGGUUUGCAGACGAGGCCACCAUGCUGGAAAAACUCAAGGUGGGUCAGGGCUGCGCCACGGCUCUCGCUCUGCUCUUCGAUAAGGACCAGAGCGUGAAGGUGGUCCUGGACAGAGACCUGGUGGAAGGAGGUCACCAGAUGGUCCACUUCCACCCAAUGACCAACGCUGCCACCAUGGGGCUGCAGCCUGAAGACCUGCUGCGCUUCCUCAAACAGACGGGCCAUGAGCCCAUCCUGGAGAGCUUUGAGUAGUACGGACCUGGUUCUGGUUCUGGACCUCAUCAGGACAGGAGCUUCAGGUUGGAAGCGGGACCUGAAAGGUCUAAAUGUUGGUGAAACAGAAUUUCCUCUGAACUGGUUUUAACAGGAAUCUGAAUGAUCUGAGUUUGGUUCUAAGAACCUCAGGUCCACAGAACCCGACUUUAACGGUUCCGUCUUAUUUCUUCAGUUUCUCACCUCAUAAAAUGUCCAGUUUUAUUGGAACGUGACCCAAAGCCAUUAAAACAUCAAACAGAACCAAA